CACCUUGAUCACCACCUCCCAUGCGUCGCCCAGGUUUCCUGAACAACACCCCAUCCAACCCUCGCUUCCUCCACCCUCAGAUAAGGCGUGGGUGCCCGUGCUCCCUGCCAGGGGGCUCUGGGCAGAACUUCAUGGAGCCAGCCCUUCAUCUCUUCCCCCAUGUUCUCUCUUCCCAGCUGCAGGAAAAGGCAACACGUGAAAGUUGUCUGAGCCCCAGGUGAUGCUACUUUCUUCCCCUUUCUGUCUUUUCCAGGCAGCCUUGCCUCCACCAUCCUGACAUCAGGAGAAACUCGCCCUGCUCUGCCCCCGCCACACACCUGUCCGCCUCAUGCCUGCCUCCGGGGCGGGUGAGGGUGAGGAGCCCUCCCGGCCAAGAUGAUCCCUUCUCUGGGCGCUGCUGCUGCUGCCGUCCUGCUCCAGACCCUGGGCCCCAGCGCGUGGGCGAGCGGCCCCCAGCCGAACCCCGCCGGACUGCUGCGGAGGAGGUGAAGACGGUGGAGAAGAGGCACUCACCCAGAGACUGGAGCUGCAAGCCUCCGCCUUGUAGGACCGUGACUGUGCUAGGGAGGAAGGACGUGUGGGUGGCCUUCGCAGGCAGGCGGGCAGGCUGGAAGCUGGACAGUGGCUCUGCCCAGGCACCUAUGCCCCGGCGUCUGGCAGCGGCAUGAGCCAGUUUCAGGUGCCCCUGGCCGUGCAGCCGGAGCUGCCGGGCCUUUAUGACUUUCCUCAGGGCCAGGUCAUGGUGGGGGGCUUCCAGGGGCCUGGGCUUCCCAUGGCUGGGAGCGAACCUCCGCUGCGAGGAGGGGGCGGGGAUGGGCGAAAGAAGCGGAAACGGUGCGGCACGUGUGAGCCCUGCCGGCGGCCCGCCAACUGCGGGGCGUGCACCAGUUGUACCAACCGCCGCACGCACCAGAUCUGCAAGCUGCGCAAGUGUGAGGUGCUCAAGAAGAAAGUGGCGCUUCUCAAGGAGGUGGAGAUAAAGGCUGGUGAAGGAGCCGGGCCCUGGGGACAAGGGGCCGCUGUCAAGACAGGCUCCGAGCUCAGCCCCGUUGAUGGACCUGCUCCAGGUCCGAUGGACUCAGGGCCAGCGUACCAUGGGGACUCCGGGCAGCUAAGCGCCUCAGGGGCGCCGGUCAAUGGUGCUAGAGAACCCAGCCUGCUGGCGGCUGGGGGUGCUUGGCGAGCAGACCAGAAGCCCGCCUGGGGCGCCGCCCCGGGCCCCGCGCACACCGCGCGCCUGGAAGAUGCGCACGACCUGGUGGCCUUCUCGGCGGUGGCCGAAGCCGUGUCCUCCUACGGGGCCCUCAGCACCCGGCUCUACGAAACCUUCAACCGUGAGAUGAACCGCGAGGCCGGGAACGGCGGCCGGGGACCCCGGGCCGGGCCCGAGAGCGGCCCCGAGGACCUGGACACGCUGCAGACGGCGCUGGCCCUCGCGCGGCACGGCAUGAAGCCGCCCAACUGCAACUGCGACGGCCCAGAGUGCCCCGACUACCUCGAGUGGCUGGAGGGCAAGAUCAAGUCCGUGGUCGUGGAGGGCGGCGGGGAGGACCGGCCCCGGCUCCCGGGGACGCUGCCCCCUGGCGAGGCCAGCCUCCCGGCCCCCGGCGCCCGGCCCCUCCUCGGUGCUGAGGUCCUCCACAUGCCUCCCCCCGAGGGCCUGCCUCUGUCCCAGAACGCCCUGAGCAUCGCCAAGGAGAAGAACAUCAGCCUGCAGACGGCCAUCGCCAUCGAGGCCCUCACCCAGCUCUCCUCCGCCCUGCCCCAGCCUUCCCACUCCGCUGCCCAGGCCCCCUGCCCGCUCCCGGAGGCCCUGUCCCCUCCCGCCGCCGCCCCUUUCCGAUCGCCCCCGGCCUACCUCCGGGCCCCCUCCUGGCCCGCGGUCCCCCCAGAGGAGCCCCCGCCCUUCGCUCCCGAGAGCCCCGCCUUCCCUCCCGCAGCUCCCAGGACAGAGUUCCCCGAAGCCUGGGGCACCGACACCCCACCAGCGACCCCCCGGAGCCCCUGGCCCAUGCCGCGCCCCAGCCCCGACCCCAUGGCCGAGCUGGAGCAGCUGCUGGGCAGUGCCAGCGAUUACAUCCAGUCAGUAUUCAAGCGGCCCGAGGCCCUGCCCAUCAAGCCCAAAGUCAAGGUGGAGGCUCCCUCCUCCUCCUCCUCCUCCUCCUCCUCCUCCUCCUCCUCCUCCUCGCCGGCCCCGGCCCCCGCCCUCCACAGGGAGGCCCCCGCGCCGCCCCCGGAGCCCAGCGCCCACCAGAAGGCCCAGGCCGCCCUGCAGCAGCACCUGCACCACAAGCGCAGCCUCUUCCUGGACCAGGCCCAGGGCGCCGCCUGCCCCGCCGCCCCGGAGCCCCCCGCCCCCAGCUGGUGGGCGCCGUCCGGCUCGCUGGCCCCCCGGCCUCCGGACAGGCCGCCCAAGGAGAAGAAGAAGAAGCCGCCGGCGCCCGCGGGCGGCCCCCCGGGGACCGAGAAGGCCGCCCCGGGGGGGAAGCCCGGCGCCCGGAAGCCCGUUCAGAUCAAGCGGUCCCGGCCGCGGGAGGCACAGCCGCUCUUCCCGCCCCUGCGGCAGAUCGUCCUGGAGGGGCUGCGGCCCCCCGCGGCCCCCGAGGAUGCCCAGGCGCCCGCCCCCGCCCCCCAGGGCUCCGCUGUGCCCCUGCCCCCAGAACCUUCUCUUGCGCUAUUUGCACCUAGUCCCUCCGGGGACAGCCUGCUGCCCCCUUCUCAGGAAAUGAGGUCCCCCAGCCCCAUGGCAACCCUGCAGCCAGGCUCUGCCGGCCCCCUGCCCCCCGCCGACGACAAGCUGGAAGAGCUCAUCCGGCAGUUCGAAGCCGAAUUUGGGGAUAGCUUUGGGCUUCCCGGCCCCCCGAACGUGCCCAUUCAGGACCCCGAGAACCAGCCCGCCUGCCUCCCGGCCCCCGAGAGCCCCUUGGCCACCCGCUCCCCCAAGCAAAUCAAGAUCGAGUCUUCGGGCGCGGUGACCGUGCUGUCCACCACCUGCUUCCACUCGGAGGAGGGGGGCCAGGAGGCCACGCCCACCAAGGCCGAGGACCCACUCACCCCCACCCUCAGCGGCUUCCUGGAGUCGCCGCUGAAGUACCUGGACACGCCGACCAAAAGUCUGCUGGACACGCCCGCCAAGAGAGCCCAGGCCGAGUUCCCCACCUGCGACUGUGUCGAACAAAUAGUGGAGAAAGAUGAAGGUCCGUAUUACACUCACCUGGGAUCUGGCCCCACGGUGGCCUCCAUCCGGGAGCUCAUGGAGGAGCGGUACGGAGAGAAGGGGAAAGCCAUCCGGAUCGAGAAGGUCAUCUACACCGGGAAGGAGGGCAAGAGCUCGCGCGGCUGCCCCAUCGCCAAGUGGGUGAUCCGCAGGCACACGCUGGAGGAGAAGCUGCUGUGCCUGGUGCGGCACCGGGCGGGCCACCACUGCCAGAACGCCGUGAUCGUCAUCCUCAUCCUGGCCUGGGAGGGCAUCCCCCGCAGCCUGGGCGACACCCUGUACCAGGAGCUCACCGACACCCUCCGGAAGUACGGGAACCCCACCAGCCGGAGAUGCGGCCUCAACGACGACCGGACCUGUGCUUGCCAAGGCAAAGACCCCAACACCUGCGGUGCCUCCUUCUCCUUCGGCUGCUCCUGGAGCAUGUACUUCAACGGCUGCAAAUACGCCCGGAGCAAGACGCCUCGCAAGUUCCGCCUCGCCGGGGACAACCCCAAAGAGGAGGAGGUGCUGCGGAAGAGCUUCCAGGACCUGGCCACCGAAGUCGCCCCCCUGUACAAGCGGCUGGCACCCCAGGCCUACCAGAACCAGGUGACCAACGAGGAGAUAGCAAUCGACUGCCGCCUGGGGCUGAAGGAAGGGCGGCCCUUCUCGGGGGUCACGGCCUGCAUGGACUUCUGUGCCCACGCCCACAAGGACCAGCAUAACCUGUACAAUGGCUGCACAGUGGUCUGCACCCUGACCAAGGAAGACAAUCGCUGUGUGGGCAGGAUCCCCGAGGACGAGCAGCUGCACGUGCUGCCGCUGUACAAGAUGGCCACCACGGACGAGUUCGGCAGCGAGGAGAACCAGAGCGCCAAGGUGGGCAGCGGGGCCAUCCAGGUGCUCACCGCCUUCCCCCGCGAGGUCCGCCGCCUGCCCGAGCCCGCCAAGUCCUGCCGCCAGCGGCAGCUGGAGGCCCGCAAGGCCGCGGCCGAGAAGAAGAAGAUCCAGAAGGAGAAGCUGAGCACCCCGGAGAAGAUCAAGCAGGAGGCCCUGGAGCUGGCCGGCAUCUCCACGGACCCAGGCCUGUCUCUGAAGGGCGGCUUGUCCCAGCAGAGCCUGAAGCCCUCACUCAAGGUGGAGCCGCAGAACCACUUCAGCUCCUUCAAGUACGGCGGCAACACGGUGGUGGAGAGCUACUCGGUGCUGGGCAACUGCCGGCCGUCCGACCCCUACAGCAUGAGCAGCGUGUACUCCUACCACUCCUACUACGCGCAGCCCGGCCUGGCCCCCGUCAACGGCUUCCACUCCAAGUACGCGCUCCCCUCCUUCGGCUACUACGGCUUCCCGUCCGGCGGCCCCGUCUUCCCGUCCCAGUUCCUGGGCCCCGGCGCCUGGGGCCACGGUGGCGGGGGCGGCGGGGGCGGCAGCUGCAGCUUCGAGAAGAAGCCGGACCUCCACGCGCUGCACAGCAGCCUGAGCCCGGCCUACGGCGGUGCUGAGUUUGCCGAGCUGCCCGGCCAGGCUGUGCCCGCGGACGCCCACCGCCCCGCGCCUCACCACCAGCAGCCUGCGUACCCGGGCCCCAAGGAGUACCUGCUGCCCAAGGCCGCCCCCCAGCUCCACCCGGCGUCCAGGGACCCCUCCCCCUUUGCACAGAGCGCCGCCUGCUGCGGCAGGUCCAUCAAGCAGGAGCCGGCCGACCCGCUGGCCCCGGCCGAGCCCGUGCCCAGGGACCCCGGCAGGAUGGGCAAGACGCCGGUGCCCGAGGCGGCUCAGAACGGCGGGCCCGGGCACCGGUGGGAACAGUACUCAGGAGGCCCCAGCACGUCCCCCAGGCAGACCAACGGCGUGGGCGGCGGCUGGGGCGUGUUCGCUCCCGGGGAGAGCCCCGCCGUGGUCCCCGAGAAGCUGGGCUCCUUCGGGGCUGGCUGCCUGGCUCCCUCUCCCUUCCCGGAGGGCCAGUGGGGGCUGUUCCCCGGGGAGGGCCAGCCGCUGGCCCCCCAGCCCGGAGGACGGGGGCUGCGAGGCAAACCGUGGAGCCCCUGCAAGUUCGGGAACAGCCCCUCGGCCCUGGCCGGGCCCAGCCUGACGGAGAAGCCCUGGGGCAUCGGGGCCGGGGACUUCAACCCCACCCUGAAAGGCGUCGGAGGCGGAGGCGGCCCCGGGUUCCAGGACAAGCUGUGGAGCCCCCUGAAAGGGGAGGAGGGCCGGAUGCCCACGCCGGGGCCCGCCGGCCCGCCGGACAAGGCCUGGCCGCCCUUCGGCGUGCCCCUGGGCGCCCCCGGCGAGAAGCUGUUCGGGGCCCUCAAGCCCGAGGAGAAGCUGUGGGACCCGUUCGGCCUGGAGGAGGAGGCCGCCGAGGAGCCGCCCGGCGGCAAGGGGCCGGCCAAGGAGGAGCGGGCCCCCGCGGAGGAGGACGAGGAGGAGCUGUGGUCCGACAGCGAGCACAACUUCCUGGACGAGAACAUCGGCGGCGUGGCCGUGGCGCCCGCCCACGGCUCCAUCCUCAUCGAGUGCGCCCGGCGGGAGCUGCACGCCACCACGCCGCUCAAGAAGCCCAACCGCUGCCACCCCACCCGCAUCUCGCUGGUGUUCUACCAGCACAAGAACCUCAACCAGCCCAACCACGGCCUGGCGCUCUGGGAGGCCAAGAUGAAGCAGCUGGCGGAGCGGGCGCGGGCGCGGCAGGAGGAGGCCGCGCGGCUGGGCCUGGGCCAGCAGGAGGCCAAGCUCUACGGCAAGAAGCGCAAGUGGGGGGGCGCGGUGGUGGCCGAGCCGCCGCCCAAGGAGAAGGGGGCGGUGCCCACCCGGCAGGCGCUGGCCGUGCCCACGGACUCGGCGGUCACCGUGUCCUCCUACGCCUACACCAAGGUCACGGGCCCCUACAGCCGCUGGAUCUAGGGGCCCGGGCGCCAGCGUACCUCAGCGUCGGGCCCGGCCCGCGCUGCCUCUGUGGUGCUUUCGCCCUCACACCUUGGGGGGGGGGGGGGGCGCGGGUUGGGGGUGCAGAAGUCUUUUUUAUCUAUAUAUACAUAUAUAUAGAUAGGCAUAUAUAUGUAUUUAUGGUCCAAACCUCAGAACUGGCCCGCCCCUCCCUCCUCUAUUCCCCCUGCCCCGCCCCCCGCCCCACCUCCCCAGCACUUUGAAGAAGAAGCUAUGGCUGUCGGGUGAUUUUUUUCGUGAUCUUAAUAUUUAUAUCUCCACAUCGGCUUCCCCCCCCCGCCUUAUUGGGGGGGGGGGGCUUUUUAUUUUCUCUUGUUUUUAAAAACUCUAUCCUUGUAUAUCACAAUAAUGAUGGAAAGAAAGUUUAUAGUGUCCUUUCACAAAGGAGUAGUUUUAAAUUCCAUUUAAAAAUGUGUAUUUAUUGGAUUUUUUUUUUUUUUUUAAAAAGCGACAAGAGUAAUGGUAAAAGGAUGGUCAGGAUCAGCCAGCCGUGCUCCCUCCAGCCUGGCCCCCGGGAGCCCCCGGACAGACACGCCCUCCCCACAGGGAGAAGCUGUAGGAGAACGUCUGGGCUCCCUCUUCCAGGCACCCGCUCGGAGCUGGGGAGCGGGACGGUGCACCCCAGGCCGGGCCCCUGAGCGGCUGGCGGAGAUGCCCCCAGAAGCCAGGUUGGAAGUAGACAGCUUCAAGCUCGCUAGUCGCCACACUGAACCCUCUGUGCCCGUCACGCGCCAGGUCCCAGGACGCCCUGCUUCCCCCGGCGGCACCUCGCGAUGGCGCUCUUGGGAGAGGCUCUUCGGAGCCUUUGCCACCGAGUCAACAAGCCAGUGAAUACCACCGGCCCGAAGGGAUUUGUCCUAUCAGCAGUGUCUAAACAAAUGCCCCAGAGUCCAUGCUGACACCGGGGAAAGGGCUACUGUCUCUUUAAAAGCAAGAAGUUGAACCCAAGCUGUGAAAAGCCAGCCUUGCCCUGCGUGGGGCGCUGUGCUGAGCCUGGUGCUGUAGUGAGUGUGCGGGAACCCCCGUGGCUCCGGGGGCAGGGGGCCGCCUGCGGGGACAGUUACCGCAUCUCUCCCCAUUCCUGGAUUUUCACGUCGGACAAUGGUGCAUGCCUCUCCCCCGAGCCCCUCCCCCCAUGCUAUCCCCCGGGGAGCGGGCCCACACUUGGCCGUUUAUAAACGCCAGAGUCAAACGUUUUCAACCGGUAGCUAUGGUUUUUCCUCCCUCAUUGGUGCCAUUUCUCUCGUCGGUCGUCUUCUCCUUUCCCUCCUCCCCUCUCCAACCCUCUCAAACACACGCUCGAAAAAAAAUCCUGGUGCAUUCGUUCGUUCGGUUCUUCAACAUGUGCAUGUGGUGCUUACUUUCCCUGGCGUGGCUGAGAGAGAGGGCCAUGGGGCCCGGCCGGUGGGCGCCGCCUCCGUGGGCAGCAGGUCCCCUCCUCGAGCGUUGGCGUUGCUGGUGCUGUGAGUGGCGGCUGUGUCCGUCCGUCUGUCUGUCCGUAUGGCCAUGUGGUGAGGACACACGGGGGAAGGUGGCUGCCCGGUGAGUGACAGCCGAGCCCGGAGAGAGAUGGCAGGUGCUGGCUGAGCGGUCUUAGACCGAGGCGGGUCUUCCUACGACGAGGGAACAAUCAGAGGACGGUGCUGGCGGCAGGUUCCUGAGCUCCCGGUGCCUUGGGUGGGCUGAGAGCCGCCAGCCGGGCGGGGUGGGCACCGGCUGGGAGGAGGGUUGCCGUCAUGCGUGGUGGGCAUUGGCGUGGUCUGGUUUUAACUGUAAAUAGAGAUUUUUUUAAGCACUUUUUGCCUAGAUUUAAAAAACAGCAACUUGAAGAGAAGUAUGUUUUAACCUGUCCUUGUGGGAGAAAACUGUACAUAGUAGCUGCAUAUUUAAACGUGCUUUGUCUAUCCUUCGCUUUUACCAUAUUCUGUAAAGUCGCGUUUAUUUUACAGGACA